AUGGCUGAUCUAGCAACUCUAGCUCAAUUACUGGACGCCAGUCUCGAUCCUCGACAAAACAAAGAAGCCGAGCUCAAGAUCCGUGCCGAAGAGAAGAAGCCUGGUUUCGCUCUUUCCCUCCUUCAGAUAACUGCGUCCGGCAACUUUCAGUACAACACUAGACUUGCCAGUGCCCUUUUUUUCAAGAACUUUAUCAGACGGAAUUGGACAGAUGUCGAGGGAAACUACAGACUACCUGCGCAAGAUGUCAAUGCCAUUAAAACUGAGAUCGUGGGACUCAUGAUCUCCGUACCCCGAGGCAUCCAGACACAGUUGGGUGAAGCCAUCAGCGUUAUCGCGGACAGUGACUUCUGGGAGCGCUGGGAUACCCUUGUUGAUGACCUUGUGUCUCGGUUAAAGCCUGAUGACCCUGUCACCAAUGCUGGAGUGCUGCAGGUGGCGCAUUCUAUCUUUGCAAGAUGGCGGCCAUUGAUGCGGACGGAUGAACUCUAUACUGAGAUCAAUCAUGUCCUGUCAAAGUUCUCCCAGCCGUUCCUCUCCUUAUGGCAGAGACUCGACGCUUACAUCGAAAGCCACAGCAGUGAUAAGAAAGCUCUUCAGGAAGCCUUCGCAGAACUUGACCUGAUCCUACUCCUCUUCUAUGAUCUAUCCUGCCAGGACUUGCCUCCAACCUUUGAAGAAAACUUGCUGGGGAUCAGUGCCCUACUUCUGAAGUAUUUGACAUACAACAAUAAGCUUCUGGAGACCGAUGACGAGGCAGAACCUGGCCCACUCGAGAACACCAAGGCAAACAUCUUCGAAGCAUUAACGUUGUAUAUCGGCAAGUACUACGAAGAUUUUGGAAGACAUGUCACAGGCUUUGUGGAAAGCUCGUGGCAUCUUCUCACCACCACUGGAGCAGAGCCCAAGAACGAUAUUCUUGUGAGCAAAGCUUUGCACUUUUUGACCUCUGUGGCAGGUAACAGAGAACAAGUGCAGAAUUUUAGUGACCCUGCGGUCCAGAGUCAGAUAAUGGAGAAGGUCAUCCUCCCAAAUGUGGCGCUGAGAGAUUCUGAUGUCGAGAUGUUCGAGGACGAGCCUAUCGAAUUUAUCCGAAGAGAUCUCGAAGGUUCGGACAGCGAAACUCGUCGGAGAGCCGCGGGCGAUUUCCUCAGACAGCUUAGUGAUCAAUUCGAGCAGUCUGUGACGCAGAUUGCCAUGACACUGAUACAGAAUUGCUUGCAAACCUUUUCCAAUAACCCUUCGGAAAAUUGGAGGUCCAAGGAUACUGCUGUCAGCCUUUUCUAUGCAUUAGCGUCGAAGGGAGUCACAACCUCAACUCACGGUGUUACGAAAACCAACAGCUUGGUCAAUAUUGGCGACUUCUUUUCCACGCAUCUAGCAAGUGACCUUCAAAAGGAUGAUGCCGAGCCAUUGAUCAAAGUUGAUGCCAUCAAAUACUUGUACGUCUUCCGCAGUAUCAUCACCAAAGAACAGUGGCAGCAGGUUAUGCCGCUAUUGGUCAACCAUCUUGGAAACUCAAAUUACUGCGUCUACACAUACGCAGCUGUUGCUGUGGAUAGAGUGUUGGCAAUGACAGACGAAACUGGCAAACCAGUGAUUGAUCCUGCAAGCAUCAAGCCGCUAGCGAGCAGUCUCCUCGAACACUUAUUCAGCUUGGUCGAAAAAGACAGUGCUCCCGAGAAGGUGCAAGAGAACGAGUUUGUGAUGCGCUGCAUCAUGAGAGUAUUGAUUGUCCUCAAAGACGGUGUCAGUGCAGUUGCAGAAAGUGUGCUCCAGCAUCUCGUUUCUAUCACUACCAUUAUUUCUGCGAACCCAAGCAACCCCAAGUUCUACUACUAUCAUUUCGAAAGCAUCGGCGCCCUCAUUCGCUUUACAGCAUCGACGCACGCGGAGGCAGUAGGAGCGGUCCUGUUCGCCCCCUUUGCAGCCAUUCUCAGCAAACCAGUCGACGAGUUUGUUCCCUACGUGUUCCAGCUUCUCGCAGCAUUAUUCGAAGCGGAGCCUAACAAACCUCUCACUGAACAGUACAAACAACUUAUCGCACCUAUACUUGGGCCUGCGGUGUGGGAACAGCGAGGGAACAUACCUGCCGCGACGCGACUUUUGUCAGCUAUCGUUCCCCGAGCAGCAGACGAGCUAUUAAGUGCCAAUCAAGUCGUAAGCGUUUUGGGCAUAUUCCAAAAACUUGUUUCAACAAAAGUUUAUGAAGGUUACGGAUUCGACCUCCUUGAAACCGUUGUCACCACCUUUCCCGCACCUGCACUCGAGCCAUACUGGGUGGAAUUAGUCACGCUUAUGCUCAAGCGCUUGCAAAAGAACCCCUCACAAGCCUUCAGCCUACGAUUUGUCCGGUUUUACCAUUUUGUUUCCUCGCGUGACGACCAGGGGUUGGGUGCGGAUUUCUUCAUCGCUGUCACUGACCGAAUUCAAAACGAUGUCUUCCGACAACUUUACCCAGGUGUUAUUCUGACCAAGACGCAAGAACUUGCUCGUCCGUUGGACCGAAAGGUUGCCGCAAUAUCGCUGACCAAGACUUUGGCGGAUUCCAAGGCAUUCCAAGAACGAUACGCGAAAGGCUGGACGUUGACAUGCAACGCACUCCUCAAAUUGCUAGAACACCCGCCUUUGCCACCGACCGAGGCCGACGUGAUUGCAGAGCUUGAUGUGGAAGAUAGUAGCUUCGGCGUUGGCUUUACACAACUGAAUACUGUCCGUCGGCCGGUCACAGACCCGUACCCUGAAGUAACAGAUUUGAGGAAAUGGGUUGGCCAGUACUUGAAAGCAGCUGACCAGAGACAUGGAGGCCGCAUAGGCAAGACCGUUGAGGAGACACUGAGCCCAGACGCGAAGACGGUUCUGAAUGCUUACAUGAAUCUGUGA